GCGGCGGCGUUGGAGCGCGCAGGGCGGCCGCUCGGUGGCUCGGCGCCCCGCACGCCCAGCCCGGCGGGCCCGCAGCGAGCAUGGGCGCGGCGGCCGUGCGCUGGCACUUGUGCGUGCUGCUCGCCCUGGGCUGGCGCGCGCGGCCGGCGGGGGCCGGCGGGCUGGCAGGAGCCGCGGACGUGGACGAGUGUGCGGAGGGCACGGACGCGUGCCACAUCGACGCCAUCUGCCAGAACGCACCCCGCUCCUACCGCUGCCUCUGCAAGCCCGGCUACAAGGGGGACGGCCGGCAGUGCGAAGAUAUUGAUGAGUGUGAGAACGACUACUACAAUGGGGGCUGCGUGCACGAGUGCAUCAACAUCCCCGGCAACUACAGGUGCACCUGCUUUGACGGCUUCAUGCUGGCCCACGAUGGACACAACUGCCUGGACGUGGACGAGUGCCAGGACAACAACGGCGGCUGCCAGCAGAUCUGCGUGAACGCCAUGGGCAGCUACGAGUGCCAGUGUCGUGGCGGCUUCUUCCUCAGCGACAACCAGCACACCUGCAUCCACCGCUCCGACGGGGGCAUGAGCUGCAUGAACAAGGACCACGGCUGUGCCCACAUCUGCCGGGAGACGCCCAAGGGCGGGGUGGCGUGUGACUGCCGGCCCGGCUUCGACCUGGCGCCCAACCAGAAGGACUGUACACUCACCUGUAACUAUGGCAACGGGGGCUGCCAGCACAGCUGCGAGGACACGGAUGCAGGGCCCCUGUGCGGCUGUCACCAGAAGUACGCGCUGCACGCCGACGGCCGCACCUGCAUCGAGGAGGAUGAGGCUGCAAUGGAGCGCUCGCGCUUCAAUGCCACGUCAGUAGCUGAUGUGGACAAGCGUGUGAAACGGCGGCUCCUCAUGGAGACCUGUGCGGUCAACAACGGCGGCUGCGACAGGACGUGCAAGGACACGGCCACCGGCGUCCGGUGCAGCUGCCCCGUGGGCUUCACGCUGCAGCCCGACGGGAAGACGUGCAAAGACAUCAACGAGUGCCUGGCCAACUCCGGCGGCUGCGACCACUUCUGCCGCAACACGGUGGGCAGCUUCGAGUGCAGCUGCCGCAAGGGCUACAAGCUGCUGACGGACGAGCGCAGCUGCCAGGACAUUGACGAGUGCUCCUUCCGACGCGCCUGCGACCACAUCUGCGUCAACUCGCCCGGCAGCUUCCAGUGCCUCUGCCGCCCCGGCUACGCGCUCUACGGCGCCACCCACUGCGGAGACGUGGACGAGUGCAGCAUGAACAACGGGAGCUGCGAGCAGGGCUGCGUAAACACGGAGGGCAGCUACGAGUGCGUGUGCCCCCCUGGGCGGCGUCUGCACUGGAACCGCAAGGACUGCGUGGACACGGGUCAGUGCCUGUCCAGGGCCAGGGCCUGGCCGCGCACGCAGCUGACCUGCAGCCGGGCGGGCGGCGUGGAGAGCUGCUCGCUCUCCUGCCCCGUGCACACACUCUCCGCCCCAGACUCGGAGAAUAGCUACAGCCUGAGCUGCGGCAUCGCCGGGCUCCGGGGCAGGGCGCCCCAGAAACGCAACAGCACUGGCCCCGGCUGCCCAGGUGCCCCCGCCGCCCCCAUCAGGCAGAAGGCUCGUUUCAAGAUCCGAGACGCCAAGUGCCGCCUGCAGCCCCGCGGCCGGGAGCCCGCCCAGGACGGUCCCCGCCAGCUGCUGCCCGAGAACGGCCACGUGACCUCCGUGACCCUCAAGUGCGACUCGUCCAAGAAGAAGCACCGCGGCCGCGUGGCUCCGUCCAGGGAGGCGACUCACAUCACCGCCGAGUUUGAGGUGGAGACGGAGGCGGACGGGGCCUCAGACUCCUGCGAGGCGCACUGUCUGCAGAAGCGCGUGGAGCAGAGCCUGCAGGCCGCCAUCAGGGCCCUGCGCAGGGCCAUCAGCCGCCAGCUCUUCUCCGUCCGGCUCGCGGGCACCGAGUACGAGGUGGCCCAGCGGCCAGCCAAGGCCCCGGACAGCCAGGGGCCGUGCAGCCUGGGCCAGGCGCUGCAGGACGGCAAGUGCGUGCCCUGCGGCCCUGGCACCCACUUCGACGGGCAGCUGGGCCAGUGUGCGCCCUGCCCGCCAGGGACCUACCAGGAUGGGGAGGGCCAGCUCGGCUGCACCCCGUGUCCCAGCAGAGACGGCCUGGGCCUGGCCGGCGCCCGCAACGUGUCCGAGUGUGGAGGCCAGUGUCUACCAGGCUCCUUCUCGGCCGACGGCUUCCGGCCAUGCCAGGCCUGUCCGGUGGGCACGUACCAGCCCGAGCCGGGGCGCACCAGCUGCUUCCCCUGCGGCGGGGGGCUGCUGACCAAGCACGGGGGCACCACCUCCUUCCAGGACUGCGAGACCAAAGUGCACUGCUCGCCCGGCCACCGCUACAACACCAGCAGCCACCGCUGCCUGCGCUGCCCCGUGGGCACCUACCAGCCCGAGUUCGGCCAGAACCACUGCGUGGCCUGUCCCGGCAACACUAGCACCGACUCCGACGGCUCCACCAACGUCAGCCACUGCAAAAACCAGCACUGCGGAGGCGAGCUGGGCGACUACACGGGCUACAUCGAGUCCCCCAACUACCCCGGCGAGUACCCUGCCAACGCCGAGUGCGUGUGGCACAUCUCCCCGCCGCCCAAGCGCAGGAUCCUCGUCGUGGUCCCCGAGAUCUUCCUGCCCAUCGAGGACGAGUGCGGAGACGUCCUGGUCAUGAGGAAGAGCGCCUCGCCCACGUCCAUCACCACCUACGAGACGUGCCAGACCUACGAGCGCCCCAUCGCCUUCACCUCCCGCUCCCGCAAGCUCUGGAUCCAGUUCAAGUCCAACGAGGGCAACAGCGGCCGCGGCUUCCAGGUGCCCUAUGUCACCUACGAUGAGGAUUACCAGCGGCUCAUAGAGGACAUCGUGCGGGACGGUCGGCUCUAUGCCUCCGAGAACCACCAGGAGAUUCUGAAAGACAAGAAGCUGAUCCAGGCGCUGUUCGACGUGCUGGCGCACCCGCAGAACUACUUCAAGUACACGGCGCAGGAGUCCAAGGAGAUGCUCCCGCGCUCCUUCAUCCGGCUGCUGCGCGCCAAGGUCACGCGCUUCCUGCGGCCCUACAAGUAGCCGCCCGGGUGGCCGGCGCGCCCGAGGCGUGGGGCGGAGCGGCCAGGCCGGGGGUGUGCGGGCUCCUGUGGGGGCUUUGCUAGCGGAGUCCCCGGGUGAGGGGCGUCUGAGAAGUGCUGUCUAUAUAUAUAUAUAUGAAUAUAAAUAUAAAUUUAUAUAUUCUCUAUUCGUGGGUGCGGAGGCACGUCCUCCUCUGCCCCCCAGUCCAGCCGUUGCUGAGACGCUUCUCCAGAUGUGGCCCCUUGGUGCCGUGUCCAGGGACGGGGACCUCGGGGGCCUCUCUGAGUUCCUGAAGGGACGGACCUGAGCCCCACAGCCCACCCCGACGCGGGGCAACAUCUGUUCUGUCUGACAGGCCGGGGGUGGGCGCUGGGUGGAUGCUGGGGUCCCAGCACCCAGGUCUUAGCCAGCCCCCUUUAGACCUCCCCCCCCGCCCCAUACCCCCAGGCCCAGCCUGGCCCAGCAGGGAGGAGCUGGCUUGGAUGGGGGGCUUUUGGGGUCCUCUGAGGCGGGCCCUCAUCUGCACCCACAGGCACCAGUGACCAUCAGCUCUGAGCAGCCCCCACUCUGCCCCCCACUUCCUGCUGGGGAUUUGGGGGUCCCCAUCGAGGGAGCAACCCUGCCCCCGGAACCCCCUUCACUUGCUUCCCUGCUGCAGGGUGGGAGGGGUGACGGGUGAGAGGCCCGGGGAAGGACAGCGGCGGGUGGGGCGCGGCGCCCGCUGCACCCAGAAGUUGCCCUGGACCAGCCCAGAACCACCCUCCCGCCCAGCAGCCGGCAGGAAGUGCCUGCAGCCCUGCAGCACCUGCCCUCGCUGAAAAGGAGCCAAGGAGGAAACUUCUGGAAGCAAAACGUUGUCACGAAGUUUGGACUAAGCUGGCGCCCCCCGGAGACUGAGUCGGUGGGGCAGCAGCACAGACCCCUCCCCAGCUCAGCUCCACCCCGAGCCCAGGAGAGGGGACCGGCCUCAGAGGCCAGCCCCCGCGCCCUGGGGGGAGAUGGUGUCGGGGUCACCGCGGGGGCCAUGGCCUCCGCUGCUCCCAGAACUGGCCCCAUCCCCCCUUCCCUUCCUGGGCUUUCACUACACCCCCCCGCUAAUCUGGGGCUCCCCCCGCCUCUGUCCCAGGCACGGGGGUCCCCGACGACCCCAAGCAGCCUCAGAGGGGGCUCCUCAUGGCCCUGCUGCUGUGGCCAUGUGUGAUGGGCCUUUGGGGGCCCCCGCAGGAAAGGAGGUGCUGGGCUCAGUCUCAGGGGCUCCUACAAAGGCCGAGAGAGGGGAGGGGGCGCACAAGGCUUCCAGCCUCCGGGCAGCGCUGCCCUCCUGCCCUUCCCGCGUGGGCACAGACGCGAGGAGGCGGCCCGGCCGCCGGUUCCCGCCCACAGCCCCCACCUCUGCGGGCGGGCACCCGGACGCUCACGUGUGGGGACGGGGCCGGCAGCGCCCCUGAAGGACACUCUGUCACCACUCUGAGCCCCCUGGGGGCCGGCAAGGGGCUCCCUCCCCUUCCCCAGGCGGCCCCAGGCCUCCCCAGUCCCGGGGGUCCCCUCUGCUCCCCAAGUCUCAGCAGGAAGCAUGAGGGCCUGGGUGCCAACGGCAGCCGCUCACAUCAUCCACCGGCACGCAGGGGCCGGGCCUGGACACCACGGCUGCACGUCAGCCCCCACGAAGCCGAUGGACUGGACUUUACAGCUGGGGGGGCCGGGCAGAGGGUGGGGUGUGGAAUCUCCCCCCCUACGCUAGCUUGAUUGCACCUCAGAGGAGAGUGGGUGCUGUGCCCGCAGCCCCCCAGUCUGCCCCCCCAACUCGCACCUCUGAACCCCAGUGGGGGCGGGCCGGCCAGCACUCGGGUCUCCGCGGCGGAGGCUCCAGUAUCCACGGGGCCACAUUGCUCUUUCUGUCGCCUCCGGCCUCCCUUUCAGAUAUAAAUGCCAUCGCCCGCAGUGGGGGUCAGUGUCACAAUAAACGAAAGAACCCUU